AUGACCAGUUUGAAGGGGUUCCAAUCCCAGCUGACGUCCAUCAUGGAGGCGCUGACCCGUGCAGCGGUGGCGGAGAUCUGUGGGCUGGUGGAUGACGGCUACGCCGUCCUGCAGCUGGAGAUCUCCCGCAGCCACAAGGAGAACGAGGCGCUGCGGAGAAAGCUGGAGCUUAUCGAGUCCAUUAUCGCCCGAGGCAGCCGCCGGAGGGACGGCGGGACGUUGGACUGCAGCGGGCCGAGGGAUGAAGAGGGAGUAGCGGGAAUGGAGGAUGCAACAGCCGACUUUGCUUCAGAAGCUGAACUGUCCUUUAAACAGACAAAGACCUCAAACUUCAGAGGACAUGGAUCAGUUCCUGUGUUGGAGUCGACUGCAGAGGAUUCUCCGACCGCUGCUGCAGAGGAGCCGAUCCAAACGGAUCAGGAUGUUGUUGUGAUCAAAGAGGACAGAGAGGAGGAGAAAGAUGUCCUCAGAGCUGACCAGCUGCUUCUGAAAGAGGACGGAACGGAAGCCCUGCCCUCAGAACCAGGCCUCCAUGAGGAGGCGCCGUCUGGGAGGAAGAUCUCCGACGUUCGUUCCUGGGAUCAGAACAGCUCCUGCAGUGCGCAGGAGUCUCCGGGCCCUUCGGGGGCAGCUGAAAGCAGCUCUGCAGAGUUUGAUUUUGCCUCGGAGUCAGACAGCGGCGCUCCGUCUGCAGCAGAGAUGAGGAACACGUUCCUCCUGGGAUCAAGAGGAAGUCCACCGUCUCUUCCUGGAAUCUCAGAGCUAAAGCGAGGCUCCGCCCUGAUUGGGUCGCUCCCCUGUGAUGUAGAGCUAGAUCCAGGCUCCUCCUGGAACAACCAGGGCCUACCCAGCAUGGUGCCAGUCUCCCACCGCUCCGUGCUACUGGCGCUCAGCGGAUCCAGACUGGACCCUCUGGAGCUCGGCAGGUUCUGCAGAGACCAGCGCUUCGCCUGCAGCUACUGCGGCAAAUGUUUCACGUCCUCGCGGAGCCUGGAGACGCACGUGCGGGUCCACACGGGUGAGCGGCCGUACAGCUGCGCUCAGUGUGGGAAGCGCUUCACGCAGUCGGGUCACCUGAAGACGCACCAGAGCGUGCACACAGGGGAGCGGCCGUUCUCCUGCGAGCACUGCGGGAAAAAGUUCGCAGCCAAGCAGAACCUGAGGAUCCACCAGCAGAAACACCACGUGGUUCCGCUUUGAUUCUGACAGAACUGAGUUGGGACCUGCUAGGACAAACAGACCAGUGUAACUGUGAGUGGCGGACCAGGACUUCAAAAAACUGAUGGUUUUAAUCUGUUAUUUAUUGGUUUUAAAGACGUUUCAGUGGACUUCUUCUCACUGCCUUUUUAUUCUCUUUUAUUUAACUUCCAAAUAGAAGGACAUUCCAGUAGUAUCAUACUUUUAUCUUUAAGAUUGCAUGUGUGGUGCUGAAAAAUAGUGUCAGUCAGUAUGAGGAAUAUUAAAAAAUUAAAGUUUCUGACAUGAAA